ACAUCGCCGUCUUUACAAAACGGAAUAUUUAGUUUCUCUGGUGCUAUAAAUAAGUGACCGAAUUUCCGGAAGGGUAAAGGAUGGAGCAAACAAUCAACGAAGAGGGUGACGGAGGAAAUGAGGAGGAUGUUUUUCAGACUGAUCCCGUUGUGGAAGAAUACGUGGAUAAGUCAUUCGAACGAUUCGAACAUGUUGAGUAUUUGACCUGGGAGGACAACAAUGAUAUCGCUGAAUACCCUAUGGAUGAGACGGAAGCGGCGAAUCUCGAACAAGAUUUUCUGGAUGAUAAUGCAUGUAAUGAUGAGGCUCUACUGCACGAUGAAAACCAUCAACAAGCCGCAAACGAUCCCGAGACAGAUGAUGACAAUCAUGAUACCGACAAAAUUGGACGUUGGGAUUGGGUCACCCGAUUGACCGCACUGGAGGGUGGAUCUGGACAGGUUCUUCAUGCUUGGCGAAUCUACGCCCACUGA